AUGGACGGCCUGCGCCAGCGCUUCGAGCGCCUUCUGGAACAGAGGAACUUGGCCACCGAAGCGCUAGGGGCUCUCGAAGCCAAGACAGGUGUCGACAAGCGGUACUUGGCCGCGGGAGCCGCCUCUCUGCUAAGCCUGUAUCUUCUCUUCGGCUUCGGGGCGUCUCUACUGUGCAAUGUAAUCGGCUUUGUGUACCCAGCGUAUGCUUCAAUCAAAGCAAUCGAGAGCCCAAGCAAAGACGACGACACUAUGUGGCUCGUCUACUGGGUGGUGUACGGCCUGUUCGGGCUGGCCGAGUUCUUCAGCGAUCUACUCCUGUCCUGGUUCCCUUUCUACUACGCGGGCAAGUGCGCCUUCCUGUUGUUCUGCAUGAUUCCGGGACCUUGGAACGGGGCUCACAUGCUGUAUCAUCGCGCCAUUCGUCCACUGUUUCUAAAGCACCACGAGGCCGUGGACAGCAUCGUGAGAGACUUCAGUGGGCGAGCUCUGGACGUGGCAGCAGGAAUAACCCGGGACGCCAAAGCAAGCGUGACCCAGCUCCAGAAGGACAAGUGAAAGGCUCACCCCGCCUCUAUUCACAGCUGCCGGCUGGCGAGCUGGGCAGCACAUCACAGCCCAAGGCCUCCACGGAUUCCUCGGCUUACUCCCGGGUGGAGUCCUCCACCAGGCCCUCGUCCCCGAGCAAGCCGGCCCCCGGGAGCU